UGACUGGCAGAUUGGCGGCAACUCAAAUCGAAAAACGACGCGUCUGUGCUCAACAUCCCCUCAAAUGCUCGGGUCCAUUCGGUCGUAUUUUUCGCCUCGUCAUAUGAACAAACCUGAAGCUACUCCGCCAGCUGAUGCGGCGAAGGUUGCUGGGGAUGAGGGGACUGGGGUGAAGUCGGAAACAGCGACGACAGCGACGGCGACGGAAUCGAAGGACGCGUCUUCUGAGACGAAGCCUGAUCAGGCCAUGUCUGAUACGAAGGAAAUCAAAGAUGAGAAUGUCAAAGAGGAGAGACAGGAGACGAAGGGAUCUGUCAUUACGGAAGAGAUGCUCAAAGAAGAACAAGCCCUCGAAGCCGAAACCGCCGCCGCCCACAAGAAGCGUAUGGAAGAGUUCCGCAAGCAAGAAUCCUCAGCAGGCCAGACUGAGGAGGAAAAGAAGCGGUUUCAGCGUCUUCAAGCGUUGAUGGACAAAUCCAAGAUCUACACGUCUAUUUUGGCGGAGAAGUUACAGCAGAGACAGGUCGAGAUGUCGUCUACCACCACGCCGGCUGGGUCGGUUGUUGGUACGCCUGCACCGGAGGAAGCACCUGCACCGGUGAAGAAAACGAGGGGAAGGAAGAAGGGCGCGAAGAAAGCGAAAGAGGAGAAGGCGAGAGGGGUUGCGUCGGCACUCGCGCAAGGUGAAGAGGAUUCGGGGGUGAAUGCCACCGCGACGCCCUCUGCUUCCGCUCGUCAACCUGAAUUAGUCACGGGUGGGGUUCUGAAGGACUACCAGCUUGCGGGGCUGGAGUGGAUGGUAUCCCUGUACGAGAACGGGUUGAACGGUAUCCUCGCCGACGAGAUGGGGUUGGGGAAGACGUUACAAACCAUCGCCUUCAUCGCAUUCCUCCGCGGCAAGGGAAUCAACGGUCCCUUCCUCGUUGUCGCGCCAUUAUCGACCCUCUCGAACUGGGUGAGCGAGUUCCACCGCUUCACGCCCGAUAUCCCGGUAUGUCUCUACCACGGCGCUCCCGAAGACCGCGCAGACAUCCGCACAAAGUAUUUUAGGAAGACGAAUGAUGCGUCGUUCCCAGUUAUCGUGACGAGUUAUGAGAUGAUCACCGCGGCGAAAGAUCGUGGGUAUUUGGCGAAAGUGGGGUGGAAGUAUAUCAUUGUCGAUGAAGCACACCGGUUGAAGAAUUUUAAUUCGGCGUUGAUGAGGGAGUUGAAGUCGUACUACUCCGAUAACCGACUUUUGCUUACCGGAACGCCUUUGCAGAAUAAUUUGGCGGAGUUGUGGUCGUUGCUUAAUUUCCUUCUUCCGGAGAUUUUUGGCGAUCUGGAUGAGUUCCAGUCUUGGUUCGAUUUCUCGGCACUCCAGGAAGAGGAAGGCGGAGGGAAUAUUGCACAACAUGCCUCGGUCGUCUCCUCCCUUCACUCUAUCCUCAAGCCUUUCUUACUUCGUCGCAUGAAGGUCGACGUGCUCGGUGAUUCGCUCCCACCGAAGCGCGAAUACCUCCUCUAUGCACCACUCACGAAAAAGCAGAAUGAGAUCUACCAAGCGACUCUGAAGGGUGAGUUGCAUUCAUAUCUUCUGAAGGAGUACGUUGCUAUGGAAGCGGUGUCCGAGGAAGACGUGGGGGAGGAGGAUUUCCUCGAAUCGGCCCAGAAAAAGAUCGAGACCAGAAAGCGGAAGAUACAAGAAGUCGACGACGGAGCCGAUUCCUCAGCCCUUCGUUCCAAGCGUGCUUUGAAGGAGGUGAACUACGGUGCCGAUUCCAUGUCUGACCAGGCAUACGUCGAUCUCGCUCUCGCCAUUGAAAACGGAGAAGUCGCAGAGGAAGAAGAGGAAAUCGUCCUCAGUGCGUCCGAAGAAGUCCUGAAGCGGGCACAGCGACUCCUCAAGGCCCAGCGCCUACAGAUGUCCUUCAUGCAACUCCGUAAAGCCGCAAACCACCCCUACCUCUUCGACCUAUGGCCCACGAAACCGGGCACGGACGAAUACCUAAGCAACCACGACACCGUGAACCUCAGCGGAAAGAUGCUCCUCCUCAACCGCAUGCUAGAAGCCCUCUUCGCCAAGGGCCACAAAGUCCUCAUAUUCUCCCAAUUCACGACAAUGCUCGACGUAAUCCAGGUCUGGGCCGAACAGCUUAAGGGCUGGCCGACGUCUCGUAUUGAUGGUGAAGUCAUCCAGGAAGAUCGUCGGGAGAUGAUCAAGGACUUCCAGAACCCGGACUCCAAGUCUGGGGUUAAUCUGUUUUUGCUGAGUACGAGAGCGGGAGGGUUGGGUAUUAAUUUGACUGCGGCAGAUACGGUCAUCAUUUUUGAUAGUGAUUGGAAUCCGCAGCAGGAUUUGCAGGCGAUGGAUCGGGCACAUAGAAUUGGGCAGAAAAGGCCGGUGAUUGUGUACCGGUUCGCCUCCGCAAACACCAUCGAAACUCGUCUUCUCGCUGCGGCAGAAUCCAAGAGACAGCUGGAGAAGCUCGUUAUUCGAAAAGGAAAGUUCAAGUCCCUGCUCGCGUCCGACGGAAAUGAGAAGGAGAAUGAUGAGCCGGAUCUGGCAGAGAUUUUGAGGAGGGAAGCGGAGAAUAUCAACGUCAAAGACCAGCACGAUGAGAUUCUGACAGAUGAACAGUUGGCAAAACUGAUGGAUCGCUCGCCUGAAGCAUACGAAAACGCAAAGAAGGGGUUGGAGGGCCACAUGGGAGGUGCUUUCAAGAUCGUUGAAACGAAGAGCGACCAAAUCGCAAACGCAUAGUUACAGCUACGCUCCAUCAUAGAGGGGUCCAUCACAUAACAUAGACGCACCAAAAUUCAAAUUUUUGACAAACUA